AUGGUUGGGGUCCCUCGCAGCAGUGGUUGUCGUCAGUGUGUGAAGCGCCGCGUCAAAUGUGACGAGAGGCAGCCUGGCUGCGCCAAAUGCGAGACGUAUGGCAAGCCUUGCCCGGGAUAUGACAAGGGUUUCAAGUUCAUACCGGGCAAGCCCUACCGAACUAAGAGGAAGCAGCAAGUCUCCGGAGAUAGCAGUACAUCCGGAAAACAGUCCGGCUCGACAUCACCAAAUGCAUCAAGCGAUUCCUCCGGAUCAGGGUUGCUGGUGCUUCCGAGAGAGAAGCUAUCAUCAACUUUGGUGUCUUCGGAUUUAAACGUGCUGCAGAGCCUCAAUGCCCUUAUUGAUGAUUUUUCUCAACCUGUCCCGACAACUCAGAACAAUGUCGUUUCGCAUUGGUUUGGGUUCCUUCCGUCUGUCUACGGCCGUAGCCAGACACUCGAUGCUACGAUAAAGUCUUUCAUGGCUCAUCAUUUUGGCAAGGUCCUUCACAAUGAUCAGAUGGUUGCCUAUGCUCGAUGCUCCUAUGGGGAGGCCUUGUAUCGUCUGCGCAAGUCACUGCAGAGCCCAUCCGAAAGCCUUUCCUCGCACGUUUUCUGUGCCGUGGUGUUACUAUGCAUGUACGAGCUUUUUACGGACACCGAAAAUCCCGAGUCCUGGAUGAAACAUGCCAAAGGACUCGGCCAGUUGAUCAAGGCUAGGGGCCCUGAUCGUUACCGAAAUACCCUCGACAUUAGCCUCCUGAAGACUUCACGAGGGCUGAUAGUCAUGCACUCGAUGUUCGCCGGGGAAGAUUGCUUUCUGGCUUCGGAAGAAUGGCAUCAGAUGAUGCGACAGCAAUACACGCCAGAUAUGCGAAAAGACCUUCAUGAAGUUAUUGAAGAAUUCUUCGCCCUUUUCACAUAUACCCCAAGCCUCGUGCACAAACUCUAUCGCCUGAAGGAAAUGGAUGUUUCCAGCCCCGAGGCUCUGCAGAUUAUUUCAGUGGCACUUGAGCAGGCUCUUCAGCUACAGGAUAAAGUCGGUGCGUGGUACAAAAAAUUUGAGAAAAUAGCCCCACAGCCUGUCGAGGCCCCCUCUCUCAAGAAUGACGAGAUGUUUCCUGUCGUUCUCACCUACUCCGACAUGAUCUACGCCAUCAUAUUUUGCGGGUAUUACUCCUAUAAGGUGAUCAUCCACGAGGUUUUGCGAACCUUUUCCUAUCCUGGUCUUCAUGCUCCUAUGACAAUCUAUUUCCGAGAUCAAAUCUGCAAGUCCGUCGAAUAUUGCAGCAUCGGGGUACUCGGUCCUUACAGAUUGGGUUUUCCCCUACGGGUGGCUAUUGAAGUCGCCGAUCCUGCGACCAAGACAUGGAUCAUAGCUCGCCUGCAAGAGUUUUCCAAAAUCUACGCUGCGGCUAGUCCAGAGAAUCACGCGGAGAUGUCAUGA